AUGGAAGUAGCGGGAGGCAAUCCGAUAAACCUCGUGUACGUCGGUUGUGGCCGCGUCCGGGGAGGCAACAGUAAGACAGGUGCUGUGCUGCUCGCAUCCUUGUGCCACCCGGAGUUCAGCGGGAGCUAUCAACCGUAAAAGUGUCUGGGUCUGGAAGAAUUCAUGUUUGUCAUGCUUGUCUGGCAUGACUCUUAAAUCUGUCAUGCACGUUACCCAAGAGCUCCGUUUUUCUGUGAUGCAGAGCCGUAGUUUGUCAUGCAGAAUAGGCAACACCUAGGAGCUCAGAAACUUGUCAUGCUGAGCCAGUAUUCGUAGCCUCAUCAUGAGCCGCCACCCAGCAUCACAAGUUUCCAGACCCAGACAUUUUUACAUUCGAUAGGAGCGAGACAGAUACCGCAAAGACGUUCGAACAGAUCCUCACGGCGUCCAAACACCGGCUGGUGCCAGGGCAGCGGCUAUCGAAUGCAAAAAUGUCUGGGGCUGGAAGGUUGAAGCUUGUGAUGCUAACUUUGGAUUCUAAAAAAAUCUGUAUUCUUGCAUGAUCAGCAAGAGGAGUCUAGUUUGUGCUACGCGGGGAGGGCAUUUGUCAUGCGGAAUAGGCAUCAGGAAGCCCUCUAAAGAUCUGUGAUGCUAGGUCAUGCAUUACAGACAUCCUGGGUCAUGCAAAACAUGCAUGACAAACCCGGCAACAUUCCAGACCCAGACAUUUUUGCAUUAGAUAGCGGCAGCGUCUCAUCUGGCAGGAUUCGACAAUCUCGAUUUUGAUGUCCUACCCAGCGGGCGACAUGCUAUACGGGGUCGUCUGUUGCUCGAAAGACUACCCGGACCGCAUCACCUACGAGCUGCUCACGGAGUUGUCGCGUUUCAUCGAAGCAAACUACGCGAUAGACGACGAUUUCACCGAAAAGAACUCUCUCAACAACGAAAAAGUCCAGCUCGAGCUGCGCAGACUCCUCGACAGGUACGAGCGGCCCGAAGAAGUGGACAAGCUCGCGCGGAUGCAGCAGAAAACCGAGGGGGUCAAGGGAUUGCUCAAAGAAAACAUACGAGAAGUGAUACAAAAUACAGAGCGGCUCGACAACCUUCAGGAAGACGCUGAAGUAUCUAUUUGAAUUUCAAUUUUGUUUAUUCUCGGCUACUUUUUGUACAGUUAUGGGAACAGCAUGAUGCUGCAGUUGUGGCUACGUACUGUUAAAAGUAGCGAGGCAUUGUAUCAAGAUGAAAAUGAAAUAAACCGCAGGCGAUGGAAGUAACUGCGAUGGAAUACAAGGAGAAGAGCCGCGAAGUGCGCGAGUAUUUCUGGUGGAAAGACACCAAGGUAUCGAUCAUGAUCGGAGGCGCCGUAGUACUCGCACUGCUGCUCGGCUACUAUUUUUUCUGGCACAACGGCGCCGAAACUCCACCUCCACCAGAUGCUGCUCAAAACGCGCCACCACCGCAGUCGCAAUGACCUACAGUGCAUGAAACAGUGCUAAUGUGAAAGUUCGCACAGCACGCUUUUGCUUUUCCAUAUGGUGGUCGGGCUCCACCGCUACCGCUAGAAGGAACAAAACUGUCUUACUUACAAACACCAAUUUCAAAUAUCACGCUUUUUGCUUUUUUUUAGACGGACUUCGUUGUCACACCGAUUCUGGUAAGGUUUUGGAUUCAAAGUGCAAGAACCCCGGAUGAAACAUUUGCUGUUAGUUAGAAUUCACAAUGGGAAUGAUCAGAUCCUGGGCAAUAUAUAUGUCUUGGCAGCUUGUUGAAUCACAGGGACAUUGUAUAGUUUUUUGUUUGACAAGGUUUGUACAAGCCUGCGCCCCUUGCAGGCAAAGACGUGGGAAAGUAGUUCUGAAGACAUGCUUCCCCUUCUC